AACCGGACAUCUGGGUGGUUCUUUUUACCACUGUGUUCAGAAGGAGUUUCUUUAGGCUUUGUCCAUCGGUUUUGUCUGCUCACUUGAAGCUGCACAAAAAAUAACUGGAAGAAUGGCUUUUUACCAGCAACCGCCUUACUAUAACCCGAGAAUUCCAUUCAGCGGCCCAAUCCAGGGCGGCCUGCAGGAUGGGAAAAGCAUUAUCAUAAGUGGACGGGUUUUACCAGGUGCUAACAGGUUUCAUGUGAACCUUCAGUGUGGUUCUCAUUCAGAGGCUAACGUUGCUCUUCAUUUUAACCCACGCUAUGAGGACACUGACUAUGUAGUAAACAACUCAUAUCUGAACAGGACCUGGGGCUCAGAGGAGCGCAAGUAUGAAUCUCCCUUUGCUCAAGGUCAAACAUUCACCCUGCAGAUCCUUGUCGCUCAGGACAGAUACAAGAUAUCUACAAAUGGCAGACAUUUUAUGGACUACAAACAUCGUAUACCAUUCACUCAGGUCGACACAGUCGCAGUGGAGGGAAUGGUGGAAGUGAACUCUGUUGCCUUCCAGAAUCCUGCGGGUUUCAUUCCUCCCCAAGCAGGCUAUGCGCCUCAGUAUGCUGUACCUCCAGGAUGUGGGACUAUCCCACACAAAACGGUCAUGAAUGGGGGACUUCACCCAGGCAAAAACAUUGUCAUCAAUGGAGUUGUCAACCCUAAUGCUAAAAGCAUAAUAUUCAACCUGUGCUACAGAAGUGGGAUUGCGUUUCACUACAAUCCCCGUUUUGAUGAGAAUGUUGUUGUGAGAAACACCAAUCAGAUGGAGAAAUGGGGUGCGGAGGAACGGUUUGGAGGGCUGCCAUUUCACAAAGGACAACCUUUUCAGGUCACCAUCUCCUGUAAUCCCCAGCACUACAAUAUCUUUGUCAAUGGCAAACAAGAACACACUUACAAACAUCGCUACACAAAGCUGAACGACAUCGACAUUUUAGAGAUUUGUGGAGAUCUGCAGCUGACUUCAGUGCAGGCUUAGCAGAGACGUCUGUUUAAGAUGGAAAUCAUGAUUAAAAGAAAAACAAGAGAAUGCAUUACUAAUUAUUGUGCUCUGCAAUGCAAAAGUAUGACUGAAUGUGAACAUGAACAGUUUUUGCUAUUUUGAAUUAAUAUCAAAUUAUUUUAAUGUGGUUUAGCUUUACAUAUAAUAUGUUCUGUAGUUGCUUGUUUUUAUAUAACUGUUGGUAGCUGAGAGAACUCAACGUAAGAAAACAUCUUUGCCGGUUUGACAAAAAAAGGUAUUUUCAUCAUGUUUUCUAUUUGUGUUUGCAUUGUGAGGAUUUGCAACACGUGUGCCGAUUAAGGUGUUUUCUUUAUUUGCUGAUGUUUUUUCUAUUUGUGUAUUUCUAAGUUGCAGCAGGUUGAGCUCUCCUGACCAUUAUAUGCAUGCUUAAAGCUAUAAAUCAGCAAAUCAUUUCAUAAUCAUGGAAAUGAAUGUCCUAUUGACCUUUUCUUUAAUGCAGAAGUGCGCUCAUUUUGUGAUUGUUUUAGAACUUUUGUUUCUGGUGCCAAUGAAAUAGAAUUGACUAAUAAAUGACAGAAAAAUGUCUACUAGUUUUACAAACAAAAAAUAGAAGAAUGUAAUAAGGAAAUGCCAGUUUGCAACAUCAAGCAUCAUCACAAGCUGUUUUUAAUGUCUAAAAACCACUAAAAGUGAAGGAGACCGGAAGUCUUUAGGCAGAUUCCAAUGGCUGCGUCCACUCAUAUAUGAAGAAUAAGGUCAAUAUUGUUUGUCCAAUCAAAAUGUUUCCUAAUCAGAAUGGUUUAAUGAACCAGGCUUUUCAAGAAGAGUAUUGCUGCAUUUUUGCUGUUUUUUAGUUCUAAAGCUUAAUAUUUCAACAGGGCUGAAAUGUUUUUUUGUUAUCUCUGAUUUAUUAUAUGAAUAGUAUUCCAUGUGUCCAGGUAUAUUCACCAAGACUCUUUCUAAAGAAAUAUGCUACUUUCUUUUGGUUAUAAUAAUGUGAAGGCAGUCAAAUUGAAGGAACUCAUUUUGUGUUGUCAAAUGGCAGUCAUAACAGUUAUCUGUGAAUCAAACUGACAUAGUAACAGUUUUCUGUCUAUUUAAGUUACAUUACAUUAAACAUCAAAGUGGCAGUAGAGUCAUAUCACUUGCCAUUUAAUAGUGAACUUUAAACCGUCAACCUGGUUUUAUGCUUAAAAACAAUAAAGAUUUUAGCAUUAAAG